CGGAAGUGCUGUUUCCCCGGGUAAGACCAGCCAGCAACUUGGACGGAACUCCGGAAUACAGACAUGGACAACAUACCCAUCGAAAGUUUAGUCCUGAAGCUCCACGACGUGAACGGGGUGAAGUUCGGGGAGUACACGCUGAAGAGCGGCCUGCUGACGCCCAUUUACAUCGACCUGCGGGUCCUGGUGUCCCACCCCGCGCUCAUGAACCAGGUGUCAAGUCUUCUCUACCAGCGGGUGCAAGACGAGGGACUACAGUUUGACACCGUGUGUGGGGUUCCCUACACAGCCCUGCCUUUGGCCACGAUCAUCUGCUCUAGGAACGAACUGCCCAUGCUCAUCAGGAGGAAGGAGGCGAAGGACUAUGGAACCAAGCGUCUGGUGGAGGGCUCGUUUCGGGCGGGGGACACAUGUCUGAUCAUCGAGGAUACGGUGACCACCGGCAGCAGCAUCCUGGAGACCGCUGAAGUGCUCUACAAAGAGGGCCUGAAGGUGACCGAUGCCGUUGUGCUAAUGGACAGAGAGCAAGGCGCCGUAGAGAUGUUGGCGUCUCGGGGAAUCAGGCUCCAUUCCAUCGUCUCCAUGUUCAAGCUGCUAGAAGUGCUGCAGGCGGCCGAACGCAUCGACGCCAAAACCGCCCAGAACACCAAAAAGUUCAUCCUGGACAACAACACGUUCAGACCCAAGGAUGAUAAUGGAAACGGGGUCCCUGCUGCCAAGAAGGUGUGUGGGGAGAAGAACAUUGAGCUGAGCUACGCAGACAGAGCCAAACUACCAAACGUUCACCCCCUGGCGUCCAAGCUGCUGAGGACCAUGGAGGAGAAGCGCUCCAACCUCUGCGUGUCCGCCGAUGUGACGAGCAGCGAGGAGCUCCUGCGGCUGGCGGACUCUCUCGGUCCCUCCGUCUGCCUGCUGAAGACCCACGUAGACAUCCUGCAGGACUACACCGCGGCCUUCGGCCAGGAACUGCAGGCGUUGGCCGAGAAACACAACUUCCUCAUCUUCGAGGAUCGCAAGUUUGCCGACAUUGGGAACACGGUCAAGCGUCAGUAUGAAGGUGGGUUGUACCAGAUCUCAUCUUGGUCCCACAUAGUCAAUGCCCACGCGGUGCCGGGGCCCGGCGUUGUGAAGGGCCUGAGUGCUGUAGGAAAGCCUCUGGGCCGCGGCUGUUUGCUCAUCGCACAAAUGAGCUCCCAGGGGUCACUGGCUACUGGUGAAUACACACAGGCUGUGCUGAAGAUGGCAGAGGAGCAGUCCGACUUUGUGAUUGGGUUUAUCUGUGGCUCUAAGAUCACCAACAGGCCAGAGUUCAUCCACAUGACCCCUGGGGUGCAGUUGCAGGCCGGAGGUGAUGGGUUGGGCCAGCAGUACACCACCCCAGAGGAAGUCCUCUACAACAGAGGCUCUGAUGUCAUCAUCGUCGGUCGGGGUAUCCUGGAGGCCCCUGAUAGGCUGAAAGCUGCCGAGUUAUACAGAAAAUCAGGCUGGGAGUCUUACACAAAGAGACUGUGCCGGAGUGGCCAAUAGGUCGGGAGUGGCAUCCGCAUUGCGUCUCAUUUCAAAUUGAAUCUACAACUUUGAUAAGGACGUCUGAGAAUGACCUUUAUGAAUUAAUUUCUUCACCAGUGUGCACAUUGUUUUAUACAUAGAUGCGUAUGUCGUCAUUCGCAGGAGUUACCUGACGGGUAUGGGGAACCGCACACUUUACUGUCGAACAUGUGAAAAUGCCAACUUUUGAUUCGUUCGUAUUGAUCAGCCGCUUUAAUUGUGUUCUUCUGAUUCCCUCGUAUCAAUAAACUGCUCGUCUUGACCUGAAGUCCGUCUGCUGCCGUAGCCCCGACCAGAUUCGUGAAAAUGUCUCAGUAAUCUUUUUUUAAAUGGCUCAUUCCUCCUAUGUAGGUCAAACCGUGCAGAGUUAGAGAUGGGAUGUGGAUUAUCCUGAAAUGUUAGUUUUCUUUAAAGUUGUUUUAAUGAAUUUGCUGCCUAACUCCUGAAGUCCCCUGAGGAUGUGUUUGUUGAAGAAGGAUGACGAGUUGUCAUUCCUUUGAGGAAGACUUCCUGUCUGGAUGAAGUUUUUCCUUGCCACAAUGCUGCUGUUCCUGUGUAUGAUUUCAUCUAAUUGUUGCAACAUUAGACCAUGAUUCUUUGUAUUAAUAAGAGUCUGUAUGGCUAAUACCUUUUUAGUGGUUGUGUCAUUUUUAGGUUGAAAUUUGGGGAAUUCUCCAAUCUGGGUUUCAAGCAUAAUUUUCUCAUAUCAGAAUUUUAAACUUUAUAUACCAAAUCUCUGCUAGUCAUUAAUGAACUCCAGCUUCACCAAGUAGCAGUAUUGGGUUGAUUCACACUUCAGUAAUGGUUAAACAUUUUU